GUAGGCGGGCCCCGGCCCCUGCCCCCUCCCUCUCCGUCUGCAUUAAAUCCUCCAGCUCCUGUCCGGGUGCAGCACACUGCGGUCUCCAUCAGCACCUCCGCCCUGCGCUCUCCUUGCAGGUGGGAAAUAGCUACACACACCCAGGACAGUCACAAUGGCUGCCAUCAUUGCCGUAGCUAUUUUGGCCCUGGUGGUUUCCAUUGAAAGCAGCGUGGGACCAAGCACCAACACCAGCUUCUGCACCGAGUCGAAGGAAUGUCUGGAAUAUGAACUGGUCUGCAAAACGGACGAGUAUGAAGUGCGACACCUUACCCCCACUCGCUGGGUGUCGACAGACGCCGAAGCCUACUUCAUGGGAGUGGGAGCAGCCCUGGCUUUCAGGAGACUCUUCCAGUACAUCAACGGAGCAAACGACGAAGGCGUGAAGAUGGAGAUGACCGCCCCAGUCCUGGUGAAGGUCCCAGAGGAAACCAAGCUGUGGGAGCCGGCCGUCUACACGCUCAACUUCCCGCUGCCGGCGGCCUAUCAGGACAAGCCGCCCGCGCCCACCAACGACAAGGUGUAUUUUACGGCGAUGCCGGACAUGGACGUGUACGUGAGGAGCUACGGAGGCUGGAUGCUGUCGGUCACCUCCAGGCUUCACUCCCACCUGCUGACCAAAGAGCUGGAGCGAGUUCGCGCCUCCUACAACCAUACCUAUCACUAUGGAGUCGGUUACGACAGCCCCUUGAAGCUCCUGAACCGGCAUAACGAGGUGUGGUACGUGGCUGAAGGGGAACCGGUGUGCACAGACCCACAGGAGCCUACUCCCGCACACACUCCCCGCCCCACGCCGACCCACCUGCUCGCGGACUCGCCGUCAGAGAUGCUGUCCGACUCGCCCUACCUCCCUCCGUCCAACCUGUCCUCAAACACCACCUUUAACUCCUCUUCUUCCUCGCUGCUGCCCUCCGACCCCUCGGCCGUCCUCCCGUCCGAAACCCCGGCGAGCAAUGCGUCCGAGCCUCGCACCGAGGCCGCGUUCAGUCACCCUCCGUCCUCCGCCCUCAUGGCAGAGGACCCGACGGCGGCCAACGCCUCCGCCGGCCCCUCGCUGGAGCCGGAGCGCGAGGCCGGCGCGUGGAACAUCACGACCGGCGGCUCUGUGGACACACAAGCUAACCCUGGCACCGAGGUCCAACCAGACGAUGCCCAUUAGCAACACUGAAGCUAUCAGCGUUAGAUAUACAGAAGCGACGCACUCUUUGGUUGUUCAUUUCUCCAGUAUGCAAUCCGCUCUCAUUUUACCACAGCUUUGUUCCUGCUCCACCCACAGUAUCUGUUCACUGUGUCACUCCCAAGUUAUCUAACUGCUGCAUUAUAGGUAGAUGUGAGGUUAAACUAUAUUAAUCAGAUUUAACUGUUAGGACUUCAAUGGGUAUCUGCUUUAACCUGAUAAACACAAUGCAGGGAUUACCUACAGUAGACCGUUGUGUCUGUAGAAAGUGAAUGGUCUUGAUGUGAAGAAGUUCGACUUUCUGCGCAGCUCCAUCGCCGACUUUCUUCUUCUGCUGUACGUGUGGCGACAUGUCAGUGCAGUCAUUGUAAAACCAGCGUGCGCGUUCAACGGGAUCUUUGCUGCACAAAUAAAUAAUCACACUAAAGGUUAACUUAACAAAGUAAUAACAUUUUAGCAUUUUUUUCCCUGCAUUUUAUUAUUUAAAUUUGCUUCCAGGGAAGGAAAGAGCCAUCUAACAGUGAAGUAAGCAGUCCUGCUUAAGGCGCUUAAACUUAACUAGGGCUUGAAUUCUCAGUUAAAAAUGUAUUUUUUUUCCCUGUAAAAUUCUGUAACAUAAAUAGCAAUACAUGUCCAGCACCUUUUUAAUUUCUGACAGCAUUUGUAUUAUUUAAAAUCCUCGACGUGUCUAUAGUUUUUAGCCCAUCAAUGGUAAUUAAAAGAAAUCUGCGACCAUUAGAUUAAGUCAUUUGUCAACGUUUUGAACUCUAAACAGUAACUAAAAAACUAAACAGUAACAUAAAUGCUUGUUUUUUGUUUGUUUUUUUUUUUUUCUUCAAAACUGAGCGUGGUUAAAAGAACGCCAACACAAGUUAAUCUGUCUUUCCCAAAGGAAAGUAUUAUUCACUUCACUCUGCUUCAAGUAAAACCGUUUAACAAAUCCUUCUGCUUUCGUUAAACUGGCAUUGUUCUUGAAAAAUUUGUAAUUGUGUUCUUUAACAGUAUUAAAACGGCACCAAAGAUCCCAGAGAAACACGCUGCACCAAACCAAUGCAAUAAAAUGUAUGUAUGUAACUUUAAAACAAUUAUUCUGUAGCAAUGCAUCUCAGAGCUACGUGGUAAAUCUGAGGAAGACGCAAUAAAGUGGUACACUCUUGUUGAACACUUAUGAA